GCAGCAGUGCGGAGCGUCCCUGUGCCUGCACGGAGCUCUGCUCACAUCUCAAUCCAUUGUACUGUGUUGUUGGUGCUUUUCACAUUCCGCUGGACGGCGAAGUGUAAAGUGCGGAGUAUGGGGGACGAGCAGGAGAUCAUGUGUAAGCUGGAGAGCAUCAAGGAGAUCAGGAACAAGACUCUUCAGAUGGAGAAGAUCAAGGCCAGACUGAAAGCUGAGUUUGAGUCCUUGGAGUCUGAGGAGAGACAUCUAAAAGAGUACAAACAAGAAAUGGACCUUUUACUUCAGGAGAAGAUGGCUCAUGUAGAAGAGCUGAGGCUUAUUCAUGCUGACAUUAAUGUGAUGGAAAACACAAUCAAACAGUCAGAAAAUGACCUGAACAAACUUUUAGAGUCUACACGUCGCCUACAUGAGGAGUACAAGCCACUGAAGGAGCACGUAGAUGCACUAAGAAUGACUCUAGGGCUACAGAGACUACCAGAUCUGUGUGAGGAGGAGGAAAAGCUGUCUUUGGACUACUUUGAAAAACAGAAAGCUGAAUGGCAAACAGAGCCUCAGGAACCACCUAUACCAGAGUCCCUUGCAGCAGCAGCCGCAGCAGCACAACAGCUACAAGUAGCUAGAAAGCAGGACACCCGACAGACAGCCACCUUUCGGCAACAGCCACCUCCCAUGAAGGCCUGCUUAUCAUGCCACCAACAGAUACACCGCAAUGCACCAAUCUGCCCACUGUGUAAAGCAAAAAGCCGUUCUCGGAAUCCAAAGAAACCAAAAAGGAAACAAGAUGAAUAG